AUGUUCCUGCUCCUCACGCUAUUAUCACCGUUGAUCGCUAGCACCGUGGUCAAUGCCGGCCCCAAUCAGGCUCACUACUCCUACCACGAGCUGUGGAUGCUGCAGAACUAUUUCUGGCAGAAUUUCCUCUAUCCCGUUAAUCGAGGGCACAUUGAAGCCAACGAUUCCUCCAUCUUCGCUGCCAAUGUGCAAGGCCGAGUCCAUGCCACUCGCACCUUUGACGGUCGCGAACUCAACAACGAGUACAUCUUUGGCCUCUUCUCGCAGCCCGACCAUCCGAGCAUCUUCGGGCCUCCCAUCGCUUACAACAUCACGCAGUUCGCGGCCACCGACAACAUCGUCGCUGCCACCACUCUCAUCACCUUCAACAUCACCACCUUCCAGCUGGUAAUCCCCGCGGCCAUUGACACCUGGUUCCAGUACGACUCGUUUGGCAAGAUCACCCAGUAUGAUGCCGUCUUCCGCUGGUUGGAUUACCUCUUCGUUCCUCUCAUGGAGGCCGCAGGGAAGAUGUUCCACCUCACCGAUGCCGCCCAGAUCCAGUCCAGGGUGGCUACGUUGCUCGCCGACACUAUCUGCCAGACACAUCAGGAUCAUUGUCGAGGGUCAAACCAACAGUACGCCUCCAAGGAGGAAUGCGUCGUCUUUCUGACACAGAGGGUUCGGUUCGGGCAGCCGUACGAGAUGGGCAGGAACACUUUGCUGUGUCGCGAAGUGCAUGACAACAUGGUGCAAUUCAACCCUGCCGUACAUUGUGCCCACAUUGGCCCCAGUGGUGGUGGUUAUUGUGUCGACGAUAUGACCUAUCAGCAGGUGGUGCUGGAGAAAUAUUUCCGACACUCGUGGGUGCCCUAUGGAUACGCCAAUCACAAUCCGUGGGUAGCUGUAGCGACAUAG